UACCAUAUGACAACAGUGAAAUAUCUACAAAAAUUAAAAAGAAAAAGAAGCCUAAGCAUCUAGGGUACAAGAAUUCACUGAAUCUGGCAGAUGCAAAUGUUUUAGUUGUUCCUGGAAAAGGUUUCUCAUAUGAACAGAGGUUGCAGGUUGACCCCAUGAUGCAACAUGAACAGAAUGUUAAAAAGAGAUUGGAGAAUCCACAUUUUGAAUCUAAUGGAAGCACUGGCCUUUAUAUUCAGCAUGUGGCAAAGAAGCCUAAGCUCUUGAAACACUGCCUGAUGCUUCUUCAGAUGCAAUUACUCCAAUGACUGGGUCCAUGACUUCACCCGUUGCUUCUCAGAUGAGUAAUAUGUCUAAUUCAAAUAAGCUCAUCAAAACAAUUGCUAAUCGGGAUCGUGGAAGAAAACAUAAAGAAACAAAGAUGACUACAGGACAAUCAGGGUCUAGAAAUCCAUGGGCAGCAUUUGAUUGGGCCCAAAUUGGGGAGCUAGUGAGCAAUGCUAUCAACAGAACUCUCCAAUUCAAGUUGCAUUACUUCUUCCGGAAACCUAAAGAGUCCAAGGAACGCCAUAAAGCUCUAAUGGACAGAAGUGCUGGGGAUGGUGCUGAUAGUGCAGAAGAUUCUGGUUCUUCUCAGCCAUAUUACCUGGCAUUCCAAAGGCGUGGACCUGCUUCUUAA